AUGGCCUCGACUGCCAUUGUGCCAUCUGCUUCUGCUCUGGCUGCAACUUCAGCUACGUCAAAUAUCGUGAAGCCUUUUUCCAGUGCGCCGGGCUACAGUCUCCAGUCCUCUCGACACGGUAUCUUUGUCGAGCACCAGCGAUUGUUGCCUUCCCCGUCACCUGUUUUGUCGGUGUGGUCGGAGGUAGGUUGGUCGCGGGGAACUGAGUGGGGAACACCCAGUUCUUUUACCUUUGGCCGGUCUUUGGGCGACGAUGAUCCUCAGUCAUCGCGCCCAUACUUCGGCGACAAUGUUCCGUAUCCCUUCCUAGUCUUGUCCGUCUGCGAUGAGAAGUUGACGGCGGGUCACCAUCACGAAGUCUUCCUCGGUCACCAGGAAAGUAUCAACUGGACCUGCUUCAAGCAUGCAGCAUGUCGAUACCUGGGCAAGUAA